UGCUCACAACUGACGAGGCGCUCCCCACUCCGCACCGAGGCUUCUCCCGUUGACAUACGGAUUAUCUCUCUGCACUCUCCCCUUUCUGCACAUCUAUAAUUUGCAGGAUGCAAGGCCUACGCCCUUGCUCAAACGACGUCGUACCCCUGGACCUUACUCCCAUGACCAACUCUGCCUCGUCUUCUGCGUCCUCCUCCUUGUCCAUCGACGUCGAUGAGUCCGCUGAGAGUAGAAUCCAGCGCAUCAUAUCCGAGCAUCCCGUCGUCAUCUUCGCCCGAUCCUCCUGCUGCAUGUGCCACGUCAUGAAGAACCUCCUCGCCACCAUCGGCGUCCACCCCGCCGUCAUCGAACUCGACGACCGUGAGAUGGCCGCUCUGCCGCUCUCCGACAACAACGGCACCCAAGCCCUUCAGAAUAAUCGCGCCCCCACCGUGUUCAUCGGCGGAACCUGCAUCGGCGGCUUGGAGUCCCUCGUUGCCCUCCACGUCAGUGGCCGCCUCGUCCCCAGGCUCGUCGAAGUCGGUGCUCUCUGGUUGUGUAGGGAAUAGGUUUCAUGUGCAGUGAGGACUGAGGAGAGAAUCAGCAACGGGGUUCGUCAAAUUGUACGUGAUAUUGCAGAUGUUGUGGGCCGCCUUAAAGAACUUUACCGGCGAUAUGACACAGAAGCCUUCAAUAGAAUGUUUGAGAAUGAGCCACCAGGUUCUGAACUUAUUGAACAAUUACUGAAAGCUGAUCGGCCGGAAGAAAUUCAAUUAUUGAAGACAUGGCGGGGACGCAGUAGCUUU